UCUGCAAAAACCCAGAUUGGAGCCAGUCGUGAAAUUAAAGAUGCAGAAUAGUCCAGCCUCCCCAGCACAACCACAGGUCCAAAGUGAGCAGAGAGAGAAGUGGGCCAGUAAGCUACAAUUUCUCCUGGCUGUGGCAGGCCACAUUAUUGGUCUGGGAAAUGUAUGGAGGUUCCCUUAUCUGUGUUACAAGAAUGGAGGUGGUGCUUUCUUUGUGCCAUAUGUGUUGUUCCUGUUCUCCUGUGGGAUACCUCUCUUCUUCUUGGAGACAUCCUUGGGCCAGUUUACCAGCCAGGGUGGGAUUACCUGCUGGAGGAAAAUUUGUCCCCUUUUUGAAGGACUGGGCUAUGGUAGUCAGGUGGUGGUCCUGUACACUGGAAUCUACUACAUUGUCAUUCUAGCCUGGGCGUUUCUCUACUUGUUCUCCUGCUUCACCUCAGAACUACCAUGGGCUAGUUGCAAGAAUACUUGGAACACAGAGUUCUGUGUGGAGUUCAGUAAGAGCAAUGGUACUGAGACCUAUCCAGAAAAAAUUAGUUCUCCAGUUGUUGAAUUCUGGGAGAGGAGGAUUUUGGGUUUGUCUGGUGGGAUUGAAGAGCUGGGCAAUGUGAGGUGGGAGCUGGCUCUUUGUCUGCUGCUGACCUGGAUCAUCUGCUACUUCUGUGUGUGGAAGGGAGUGAAGUCUACCGGCAAGGUAGUGUAUUUCACUGCUACCUUUCCUUAUCUGAUGUUGACUGUGCUACUGCUGCGUGGACUUACACUGCCUGGAGCCACCAAUGGCAUCAAAUUCUAUCUCUACCCAGAUAUUACCCGCCUCGCAGACCCUCAGGUAUGGAUGGAUGCAGGCAGCCAGAUAUUUUACUCCUAUGGAGUUUGCACAGGAGUUUUGACAGCUUUGGGAAGCUACAAUAAAUAUGAAAACGACUGCUACAGAGACUGUAUGUAUUUGUGCCUACUAAACAGUAUGACCAGCUUUGUGGCUGGCUUUGCCAUCUUCUCUGUAUUGGGCUUCAUGGCAGAUGAACAGGGAGUGGACAUUUCAGUGGUGGCAGAGUCAGGUCCUGGUCUGGCAUUCAUUGCUUACCCACGUGCAGUUUCCUUAAUGCCUGUGCCUCAGUUAUGGGCUAUUUUCUUCUUCAUUAUGAUUAUAUUCCUGGGACUAGACAGUGAGUUUGUGUAUUUUGAAGCCUUGGUCACAGCAGUCUCAGACAUGUUCCCAGCCUUCUUCCAAAUCGGACACCGGCGUAAAAUCCUGCUCCUCCUGCUCUGUAUUGCCAGCUUUCUUCUUGGCUUGUCGAUGGUAACAGAGGGUGGCCUCUAUAUCUUCCAGUUGUUUGACUAUUAUGCUUGCAGCGGAAUGACUCUCUUGGCCUUUGCCAUCCUUCAGUCCAUCUGUGUUGGCUGGGUUUAUGGUGCAGACCGUUUAUAUGACAAUAUCGAGGACAUGAUCAACCAUCGCCCUGGGCCAUAUAUGAAGUACUGCUGGAAAUAUGUCACCCCUGUAGUUUGUUUGGGUACUUUUGUCUUCUCCUUGGUUAAGUACACCCCUCUAAAGUUCAAUAACACAUAUGAGUACCCCUGGUGGGGUUAUGCUAUUGGAGGCUUUUUCACACUCUCCUCCACCCUCAUAAUUCCUUUAUGGAUGGUGUAUAAAAUUAGUAACACCUCUGGAUCUAUGCGUCAGAGAGUCAAAGUCCUGUGCACCCCUGCUGCAGACCUGCAUAUUCGGAAAUCUCCAGAAAAGCUCCUGUCAUCUUGCACGUUUGACACCUUCACAGACUUCCAGACCUUACGCACUGUUCGCAGUCAGUCCACCACAAAUUUACAAACAAAUACACACACACUCUAACAGACUUCCUGUCAUGCAAUGUACAAGGCACCCAGAUGAUUGUUUUCAUCAUGAUGAUUAUCAUCCUCUUCUGUCAUUAGAAAUGUGUUAUUUUCUAGUUACUAAGCGUUUAUUGCACAUUUAUUUAUUACAUUUCCAUUUUAACCAACAUGAUUUUUGUGGUUACAGUACCGUAAUAGGAUGAAAAAGUUAACUGAACAUAACAAAUCAGAUGAGCUGACAGCAUAUAAAGUUGAUGUAUCAUAGUUAAUGUUGGUAACUAUUUUAAAAGAUAAGUAGUUAUGAAUAACAUACAAAUAUAGGUUAAUUUUGUUUGUUAUUUUUCAUUAAUUAUUUUUCAUCAGUGUAUAGUGACUGAUUAUUUAUCGGUGUUCUCUGAAUGUAUGACCUUGUGUGGAUUUGUAUAGAUUAUUGUGCUGCAUUUGGAGUUUUUGUUGUCAGUUCAUACUUUUACUUUAAACAAACAGUGCAUAUAAUUACACAUACACUGGUUCAUUUUAAAUGCACAGUCUGGCCAGAAAAAGUCUUUACA